GAGCAUGCGCAAUAACAGUUCGCGGGCUUAGCAACAAAAUGGCUGCUUACAAGGAAGGUGAGCAUCACGUCUCGAAUCUUCUCUUCAGACGAACUAUUGAGUUGGACGAUAAUUUGAGAGAUGUGAUUACCUCAAAAAUCGUACACAAUGUGAUACUAGAGCCUACUGUUUCUUUUGAAAAUGUUUGGCACAAAACAUCGCGAUAUCCGAUAUGCAUUGGACUGGACAGACGGAUCUACUUCAAUAAUCACACGGAAGGAUAUUUUAAUGACGGUCCUGGGGGAGAACCUCGCCGCCUUUUUCAUUUCCCUCCUAUAAGACAAGAGGAAAGACACUGUGGAGCUUUACUCUACUUUUGCCAUAUUAGGGACAAACCUCUCUUUGAGGAAGAAAAAGAAGUCUGUUUGAUGAUCCUCACCUACGACGGUUUUCUCAAGAUCCUAAACGCCGACACUAGGAAGGUCCUUCGCUCAGUGUAUCUAUCCACAGCCGUUCCUUUUAGAUAUUUGUCGUGGGCGGAGUAUUUGGAGUCUGUAUUAGUGAAAUCAGCGUUUAAUAGGGCCCGAGAUAAUGUGUUAUCGCUGUUGCUGUUCAAGAUCCACCCACUCAAACUCAUCGUUCAUUUCAACAUUUCCAAACAAAUAUUUGGUAAUCAGUUGUAUGACAUUUCCAUCAGUGAUGAUCUACUGUUAGUCUUUACUCAUCGCUCGUGUAAAUAUUACAGUCUUCAAUGGAUAUUGGAUAAUUGUCAAACGACUCCAGCUGUACAGUUAGAUGCUCCAUAUCACAGCAGAGACCCUCUCACGCCAUCUUUUAUACCAGGAGUGUAUCCCAAUGGGAUCCCAAUCAACUGUAUCGUCACAUCCCUUCCUCCAUUGUUGUUUGAGACCAGCUGUAAUCCGACUGUCGGUGUUUCAUUUGGUGGCUCUCCAUUUAUUUAUCUUCAUAAUCGCAAGUCAAACUGCAAUAGCGAUUUCUUGAUCAAGGACUUUCGUUCUGGAAGAGUUCUUAAAAACUUAAUGACAAAUACGGCUCAAUUUCAUCCUGACGUGGUCGCCUUUCAUUUCGAAGACUAUCAAAGAAUUUUACAGAUAAGCGGCUGCACUUUGAGCUGCUAUAGAUAUUCUCCUAUAACAGGGUCUAUUGAUAUUUGUUAUGUGAAUGAAUUUAAAGAAUUGAUGGAUGAACAAGACAAUCAGCCAUUGAUAUCUAGCAGAGGGCGUGUCAUUAAGAGAUUAUACAAGAAAGAGCAAUUGGAUUACCUUGUUUCUGCUGUACAGGACCUGGACUAUGAAAAUGAAACAAAUUUACUUUAUGCUGUCAUUACCGUCCCCGAGGGAGAACAGACGAUAGCAUUUCUUUGCUUUCUUGACGACAAAACUGGUGCUGUCACUAAAAAGGUCCCCCUGCCAACGUGGAGUCCAGUAGGUGCUCAAACAAUGAAAAUAUUGGUGGCAAUUGUGUAUAUCAUGAACUAGAUUGUAUCAUACACAUUGUCAGUUUCUCCAGUAAUCACACUUGCUACUUCUAUCGGCUAAGAAGAAAUGUAUAAUAUCAAAUCAAAUCAAAUUUAUCAAUUUUUAAUUGGGCAAAGCCCCAACUGGUGAAAUCUGUAUGUAGGUAUGAAUCUGUAGUGGCAUUGGAUGGAGCCCCUUAAUGUUUAUGUAAUUUUUUGAUUCAUAACAAUUAUCAGUAUUUUUAAUCAUUA